AUCAUAUAUCGUCGUGAACAGUUUUCAACCGAUUUCUCAGUUCAGUCGUUGAAAACAUUCAAGAUCAUGAAGUCAUUCGUCGAGUAUUAUCCAGAUUGUGAUUUUCCAAUCGAAAAUCUUCCUUACGGUGUCUUUUCUACGCCCAAUAACCCGCAGAAGAGAAUAGGAGUAGCGAUAGGCGAUGAAAUUUUAGACUUAUCAGCAAUUUCCCAUUUAUUCGACGGGCCACUGUUAAAAAAUCGUCAAGAUGUCUUCAGUCGUGAUUGUCUCAACGAUUUCAUGGCUUUGGGAAGACCUGCGUGGUUGGAAGCUAGAAAUAAACUCCAAGACUUGCUGUCUGCCAGUAAUCCUACUUUGCAAGAGCCUAAACUUCGCUCCAGCGUAUUUGUAAAUCAAAAUGAGGCAACGAUGCAUCUACCGGCAAAAAUUGGCGACUACACCGAUUUUUAUUCCUCCAUUAAUCACGCCACAAACGUAGGAAUAAUGUUUCGUGGGAAGGAAAAUGCUCUGAUGCCAAAUUGGAAACACUUACCAGUUGCUUACCAUGGAAGAGCAAGCUCGGUCGUGGUUUCCGGUACGCCGAUAAGAAGACCACGAGGGCAAACACUUCCCAUAGAAGGUGCAGAUCCAGCUUACGGUCCUUCCAGAUUGAUGGACUUCGAGCUUGAGGUAGCUUUCUUCGUUGGAGGACCAUCUACGAACUUAGGCGAAGCCGUUCCAGCGUCUAAAGCGUACGAUCACAUUUUUGGAAUGGUCACCAUGAACGAUUGGAGUGCAAGGGAUAUACAGAAAUGGGAAUACGUUCCAUUGGGACCAUUUGGUGCAAAAAAUUUUGGAACCACAAUUUCCCCAUGGAUAGUCACCAUGGAAGCCUUAGAACCAUUCAAAGUACCUAAUGUACCUCAAAAUCCAACCCCAUUUCCGUAUUUACAGCACAGCGAAUCUUGUAACUUUGAUAUUAAAUUAGAAGUGGAUAUCAAACCUCCCAGCGGUAUAGUUAGCACUGUUUGUCGCAGCAACUAUAAAUUCCAGUACUGGACACCGCGGCAACAAUUAGCUCACCACACCGUAACCGGAUGCAAUAUCAAUCCCGGGGACUUAAUGGCUUCCGGUACGAUAAGUGGCGAGUCUGCUGACUCUUAUGGUUCUAUGCUUGAGCUCGCUUGGAAAGGCACUCGAGCAGUACCGUUAAAAGAUGGCACGAACCGGAAGUUCCUGCAAGAUGGUGACGAAGUGAUUAUUCGCGGUUACUGUGUCGGUGAUGGCUAUAGAAUUGGAUUUGGACCGUGUUCUGGAAAAUUGUUGCCCGCUUUCGCCCAAUGA